UGAGCUAGGAGAGCGGCCGAGGAGCGCGGGGCCGGUUCGGUUCAACCCCGCGCGCUGGGCGGCCAGUGCCUGUGACGCCGCGCCGCUGUAGCGCUCCCAGGCCGGCCCGGCGCGUGCGCAGAGCUCGGCCCGGCACUGCAGGGGGAGCCCCGGUAACUGAGCCCGGCUCCGGGCCCCCACCCCGCUGCCGGGGGUACAACCUGCUGCCGGCGGGCGGGCGGGCCUGGCAUUUCCGCGGCGCCCCAGCGCCACGCCCGGCUCCCGUGUAGGCCUAGCAUGGUGGAACGGGGCGAAGGGAAGCGGCCCGAGCCUGCUGCCUUCGAAAGACUAGUUCUCAGGAACGCUUCUGAGCACCACUACAUGAAGAUCUGUUUAGAAUUUCAAGGAGGUGGAAUUAGAUUGAACGCUGCUCAUUUCAAGCAACUUAUUAUUUCAGCACUGAAGGAAUUGCAUGGGGAGGUUGGUGCAGCCUUGCCCGUUGAUGUCUUAACAUAUGAGGAAAAAACCUUAUCUGCAAUACUAAGAGUUCCUAGCAGUGGCCUUGUCAAGCUGUGGAGUGCUCUAACACUGCUGGGCUCCUACCAGAACAGGAAGUGUGCUUUCAGAGUGAUACAGACCUCUCCAUUUCUCCUUGCAUUAUCUGGGAACAGUAGAGAACUCAUCCUGGAUUGAAUACACAGGAGACAUGGUUGGACUGUAAGAAGCAGACGUUGCUCAAGAUGUUGGCACUACUCAGACCUAGAAUUUUUGG